GCAGUUUCCUUCACAAGAUUGAUCUUAACGUUGCGCGAGACACAAUUUUUUGUAUUUUAUCGCUUUUACAGUUCAGGUUCAAAGUUAUUAUGACCAGUGGACAAUGCUGCGUUCCAAAAAGGAUGUAGACCGCCACGUGCGAGAUAUUUUGAAUAAAAUCAAGAACGAGGACGAGAGGAAAGUCCGGGGUUAUAACAUUGCCCGCCUCUACUUUAACAUCAAUGAGUACGAGAGUGCCCGUCGUUACUUGAGUGAAUUUCUAACAGUGCGCCCUAAAGCAACAGAUGCUCAUCGUUUAUUAGGCCAGAUCAAUGAAGGUCUUGGAAAUAAAGAAAAGGCAGUUCAAUCAUACAAGACCUCCUAUGAAUUAGGUGGUGGCCAAAAGGACCUCAUUUUGAAAAUUUGUGAGUUAUAUACAGAAGUACAGUGUGACAAUUCAGUCCGUCUGUAUUGGGCAGAAGAAGGCCAUAGGCUCUAUCCUCACAAUGAGAGUGUUGUCAAGUUACGUGAAGCCCUUCUCACGGGUUCAGGAGCACACUCACGGGAGGAGCUUGAAAAAUUAUACCUAGAUGAAAUUAAAGCUAAUCCAACGGAUGUGAGACUACAAACAAAUCUCCUACAGUUGUAUAAAGACUGGGGAGCUGAAGACAAAAAUAAGCUCAAUGAAGCCUACAAUUAUGGGUGUCAGGUGGAGGCACGUAAGCCAUUUUCAGAAUCGCUGGAAUGGUAUAAAACCCUUUUUGAUAUCAUGCAGGAAUACUGCUCAUCGGUUGAUGUUAGCAAUGAAAAGGAAUUCCACAUCAAUUAUUUGUCUGCCCAAGAGCGACUUGUCUACCUCACUUUGGCCUCAAGCAGCAGUACUGCACUCUUGUCCCAGUGUACCCUCACAGAUGCUGCUGCACUCCUACAUAAGUUUGAUCAAGAUUUGAAGAACCAGUUUAGAAGUGGUGGAUCAAAAUUCUUCUUUGGUCAGAUGAUGGUGGGCCAGUUGUACCUGCAUAUGGCUAUAUUCCUUUUACAAAAUGCAAAGAAGGAUGGCCUUACUCACACAAGUACCAGUGCUGGAGCAUUGCUGUUUCAUGCCUGCAGAUACCGGUCAUCUGAAAGUGCCACACAGUCAAAGUCAUGGAGUUCAAGAGAUCAGUUUUGGUACAAAUUAACUUGUCACAGACUAUCUCAGGCUGCUCAUGUCCUUAACCAUAUGGCUAAAACAGAAUCUGAAAAGAAAGUUUUAAACAAAGUGAAACAGCAGUGCAGUAAUAAGCAAGCUCAGGAGCAUAUCUACCUGACUCUGUUUGGGGCUUCUAAUGCCAACAAGAAAGAGGGUAGCUUUUUCCUCAGUGAUGAGCAGUUUAUUUCAAAGCCCCUGACAUAUCCUGAAGCUGAGCAAGUAAAAGUCUGGGAUAAUGUUGUAGGAACCAUGUACUGCUCAAGUUUGCGAGACAUGGUUUGGUUGUGUCUGCAGCAAGCCCCAACUAGUUGCAAGGAGCCUCAGCCAUACUACACAUAUACAUUGUUUGAAGGGCUGCAGUUUUCUACAACCAAUGUCAAUACAGGGGCUCCAGAGACCCUGUGCCAUCUUGAUCUCCUAGCUUUCUUGGCUGCAACUGUGUAUUGCCAAAUUGCAGCUGGAAAAGAGAAUAAUGGUCCUCCUCCAGCCUCCAUGCCAACAGUGGUUGCAUCAGUUCUCAAUACAACAGAACAAGCAGAAUGGUGGACUGCUGCAUACACACUCUUUACCAACCGUGCUCACCAUAGGCUUAGCAAGCUACGUAUGAUCUUGCAGCGAGGUCUGGAGGUCAUUAGAGCUGUUGGCAACCAUGGUGUAGAUUUAGCUCUUAUGGCACACUUGGCACAAUGUUUUCUACCUGGGUAUGCAACAGCAGCCAAGGAGGAUGGAAGUACAGCAAGUGAAGUAGAUGCCCUAGAGGACCGGGCAGAACAUUACUGGCAUCGAGUGCUCACACUUUGCCAAAGGGUUGCACGGAAUGUCAUAAAUGUUACACCAAGGAAUAGACUAUUUGUUGUACAAAACAUAUCUCUGAGUGCAGAGGAACGCUCCAAGGUUGAGGAAGAAGGGAAAUACUUCCUAGCCAUGAGACUAGUGCAGGCAGGGAAGCUGCAGGAGGCCAUACAAGCACUUGGAGAAUUGAAAAGUCCUGAAGCAUCAUUCCAAAGGGCAAUGUUGUAUAAAGAACAGGCCCAAGCAAUCAACGGUGAAGGUGGUGUCGAAACCACAGCAGACAUGCGUUCACAACAUACCAUUCUGUUAACACAAGCAAGGGAUACCCUUUAUCUCACUCUUGACAGAUUGCGGAUGCCAGGUGUAGACCGUUUUCAUCCUCUCAACACAAAGUUGAGUCAGCAGCUGGAGGAUGUUGAGAGGCGUCUUUCACACAUCAGCGUAGACCAAGAUACCCACACUCAGCGAGAGGAUGAUACAGAGUCCAUUUCAGAUGCCUCUCAGUCACCUCGACCUGACUUGGCUAAUGGACAUGUGAUAAAUGCAUCUCAGCCUCCACAGAUGUUUAGUACACCCUACAGGGACAACAGAAAUAGUAGCAGAAUAACAAGACAGGAGGCCCGUCCAAGCCCAGAGCGUCUGGAUGCACAAGUGAGAGCUAUCUCAGAGGUUCAGGAGAAUACACUGAGGAACAUGGAGGACACGUUGAGGAAUAUGGAGGAACAGAAUGCAGCACUUAGAGCCCAAAAUGAAGCUCUGAGAGACACAUGCGCUACAAUGGCACAAGAAGUCAAGGAAAAUGCUUCACUGUUCCGCAGUAUCCUUGAACAGAACAAAAGUAUCUCCCAGGAAGCAUAUAAUGCUGUACUUAAUGAAAUGAAACAAGUUCAAAUAAGUAUUAAAGACCUGCAGACUCAAGUUCAAAGUAUAGCAGUUGAUGUUGCAGAAUUGCGAGCAAUGAAAGCAGAUGCAAAGCAUACUGAAGUUGUUGAAGCAAAGGCCAGUGAGGAGCAGGUUGCUGUAGAUCUUCCUGCUGCAGCAGUAGUACCAGCUGGAUUAUACAGUGGUUACAUGGGAUACUACAGUCAGCAGCCUGUACCCAACCCAUUGAUGCCUACUCCAGGGCUCUUUGGGAACCCUCCAUUCUUCCCACCAUCUACUCUCCCAGACCAGACAUACAGCAUGCCAUCGAGUGUUAGCCAGGCGACAACAGUAACCAGUCUAAGUCAGACAGGAUCUUCAAUAGUGACCCAGGCUCUUAGCUCCCUGCUAUUGUUACUGCUAAGGAGCCACUGCCAUCACCCUCUGGAAUCACUGUUGCACAGGCAAAGUCUUGCUACAACAAACUUGGGUAAUGUGAGUUGGAGUGUGGCACAGGGCAUAAGUUCUUCAUCUGGCACCACAAGCAGUGCGCAGAUAAUGCCACCUGUUACCAGUGCUCCUCAUGCCUUCCAGAUUACAAUGCCAGCUGUGUCUGCAGCUCUGACACCACCACCUGCUUCUGCACCUGAGGAGCAGCUGUCAAUCACCCUUCCAUGCUCUGCUACGGGUCUCCUGGCCAACAUACCCGCCCCCCUGUACUCAGCAGUCACUCCUGACUCGUCCCCCAACGAGGCCAGUCACAGGUUAAAUCACUGUCUCCGUAUUUGUCAACGGGCGGCUUGUCUCCCGCAGCCAACAAUCUGGAUGCUCCAUCUGCCUCGUCUGGUUCACAGGACUGCACAAUCAAUAUGCAUGUCAUUUGGAUCUGUAGAUAGAAAACAAGAUUUCCCUAGACCUUUGAUGGCCUCUAGCCACUGGGCUAGCUCAAGGCUCACUUCAAUGCAGGAGGUAGUCAACCUGGAGCCCCCCAAAAUUAAUACAUUAACAUCAACUACCUGCUCUAAAAGUCUUCUAGCAUGCUCUAAAGCAGUCAUUCUCAAACUUUUUGGUGUAAUGCCCUUAGCUCCUGCGUCUAUUAAUACAUUUAGUGAUAUGGAGAGGUGCUUUGUUGCCUGCAUGUGGCCCAAAAUCCAGGCAUUACACUUAUUUAACCCCUACGAUCAGGAUGAAAGGACUCAUAUUAUGAAAGAAUUUGGCUUGAGGACGAAGAGCUCCAAAUCCAGGGAGGAUGCCAUUUCCAUGCUCAGCAUCCUAUUCCUGGUAGCCAUGACUGGUAUCACAGCUUUCUAUAUAAGUAUCAUUGUUUCUAAGACAGAUCUGUGCAACUUGGUGGUUGAAGUAGAUUGUUAUGGACUACAUGAGACAUUUUCAGGUACCUUUAAGAGUCCUGGGGGCAUUACCACAUCAGAAUCCCCUGCUCCAAAGGCAAAGGAAAUGGCUGACGAUGACAAUGAUCGGUAUGUGGAGGAUGACCAUGACCCAUGUCCAGAUUUCAAGCCUGUAAUUCCAUUGCCAGAGAAGGUGGAGGUUCGCACAGGAGAAGAGGAUGAAGAGGUAUUGUUUGAAGAGAGAGCCAAGCUCUUCAGAUUUGUAGAGAAGGAAUGGAGAGAGCGGGGAACAGGUGUUAUGAAACUGUUGCACAACCCUUCCCAGGGCUCAGUGCGUGUUCUAAUGAGGAGAGACCAGACCCACAAGAUCUGUGCCAACCAUCUUGUGUAUUCUAAUAUAGAGUUGCAGGCCAUGAAAGGAAAUGACAAAGUUUGGAUAUGGGCUGCACAGGAUUAUGCAGAUGAAGAAUUGCGAAUGGAGAAGUUCUGUUGCCGAUUCAAAACACUGGAGAUAGCUACAAGCUUUAAGGAUGCUUUCAUGAAAGCAAAAGCAAUUGUAAAGGAGAAUGAAGAAAAAUUGGAGAAACAGCAGAGUUUAGGAGAUGCAGGUAAGACUGCCAGCCAAGAACCUUUACCAGCAAGUUCAGGAAAAUCCCUAGCAGAGAUGUUCAAGCCUGCUGCAGGAUCUUGGACCUGCUCUGUAUGCCUGGUGAACAACUCUGCUGAAAUGAGCAAAUGCGCUGCCUGUGAAACUCCCAAUCCCAGUGCCCCCAAGGUUGAGGAAUCAGCUGCACCUCAGACACCCUUUGCAACAUUCAAGUUUAAAAGCCCCACAAAUACUCCAGGUUCAUCAACUGCAUCUCCAGACAAGCUUGGCAUGGCUUCAACUCCCAACACUUCCACUUCAGCUUCUGCCACGGGAUUUGGCUUCCGAUUUGGCUUAGACCCCUCAAAAACAACCAUCAGUCCCCUGGUCAGCUCAGCCCCAACUUCCUCCAGUGCUGUCGCAACCCCUGCUACCAGUGCUGACACAGCCAAGGAUACCGUUAAGUUCUCCCUAAGCGGGUUCACCUUCACUACCACUCCCACAUUGAAGCAGGAUAAGGUGGAAGUCCCAGAGAAGCCAAAAGAGGAGGAAAAGAAAAAGGAAUCAAUAUUUGCAAGUUUCUCCUUUGGGUCCAGUGCCUCAUCUGGUUCAGGAAACGCUGGCUUCAAUUUCAGUGUGCCAACAAAAGACAGCAAGCCUGAUGGAAGUCCUGCAGUGUCAAGCCAGUCAUCUGGGGAUGGAGGGUUGUUCAGCAACAAACCAGCAGGCAACUUGGUAUCCUUCAGCAGUUUGGCUGCCAACAGCAGUUCUACAUCGUCAAAGGUGUUUACCAUUAAGGAUACAAAAGCUUUUGAACCAAAGGCUUUGUUUGGAGGUUCGCAAGCCAAAUCACCCAGUAAGGAUGAUGGUGAUGACAAAGUAGAAGAAUAUGAACCUCAGGUAGACUUCCAGCCAGUUGUUCCUUUGCCAGACCUGGUUGAGGUUAAGACAGGUGAGGAAGAAGAAGAGAGGUUAUUCUGCGAGCGAGCAAAGCUUUUCCGCUUUGAUAAGGACACCAAGGAAUGGAAGGAACGAGGCAUAGGAGAGCUAAAGAUCCUGAAGAACAAUACAACUAAGAAGAUACGCAUUUUGAUGCGUCGUGAACAAAUCCACAAGGUGUGUGCCAAUCAUUUCCUCACACCAGAGAUAAAACUAACUCAAAUGCAAACAUCAGACAAGGCAUGGAUUUGGGCUGCACAUGACUUUGCAGAUGAAGAAAUGAAGGAAGAGAGGUUUGCUGCCAGAUUUAAGACCCAAGAAUUGGCUUUGAGUUUUAAGGCAGCAUUUGAGAAAGCCCAAAAAUCUCUAGAGUCGGUCACUUCAGACACCACAGCUGCUUCUGAUGCUGUCCCAACUAAAGCUUCAAAUACUGCUACCAGUUCAUUAGCUGCUAUGUUCAAACCAGCUGCGGGAUCCUGGGAGUGUGAUACCUGCUUAGUGCGAAACAAACCCGAAGAUAAUGUGUGUGUUUCAUGUUCAAGCAACAAACCAGGUUAUGAACCACCUAAAGAGAGCACACUUCAAACACCCCAGUUCAGCUUUGGUAUUCCAUCCUCAACAACUGCACCAAAAGAAUCGGCAAAGAAUGAUGAUAAACCCAACCUUAAUUCUCUGGCAAGCAUGUUCAAACCAGCAGCUGGCUCAUGGGAGUGUAAUAGUUGUUUGGUGCGUAACAAUGCAGGAGAUACUGCAUGUGUUGCAUGUAAAGCUGGUAAAGAUGGUAGUGCUCCCAGUGCAGAUUCUUCUACUGGUGAUAAAUCAUCUUUCAGCUUUGGCAUCAAAAGUGAUACAUCUUCAACCUCAAGUGGUUUUAGCUUUGGUGUAGCAGAAAACAAGACUGCAUUCUCAUAUAGCAUUCCCUCCAGUCAGAGUGCAACUGGCACACCCUCUCAGCCAGCUUUUCCCUUUGGCACAAGUGCAAAACCUGCCCAAGACAAUACUGAUAGUAAGCCUGCAUUUUCAUUUGGUAUCCCAGGCAGUGUAACAAUAAAACCUGUGCAAGAUUCUGCCGUUACAACAGAAACAAAACCCGCUUUCUCCUUUGGGGAACAAACCAACAAGCCAUUCAGCUUCUCUUGGUCAACAACUACCCCAGCCAGCAUUGGUUCAGCCUCUACUGCAGGCACUUCAGCCUUUUCUUCAUCAACCUUUUCUCAAUCUAAGCCAUCAGGGUCACAGGAGCAACCCUCAACACCAACCAAAGAGGAAAAACCAGGUUUUGUCUUUGGUAGUCCUGGAAAGUACGAGUUCUCAUUCACUGGAGUUAAGGCUCGUUCUCCCAGGUCAAGGGACAUCAGUCAGUGUGAAUCAGAAGAUGGCCUUGUGGAAGAGGAUGAAGGGGACCAUCUUUACUUUGAGCCUGUGAUACCACUACCUGACAAGGUUGAUGUCGUGACUGGAGAAGAGGAGGAAACUUGUCUUUACUCUCAUCGCUCCAAGCUUUUCCGUUUAAUCAGUGGAGAAUGGAAAGAACGAGGCAUAGGCGAUGUCAAAAUCCUGUGCCACAAGAAGAAUGGUAAGAUAAGGCUACUGAUGAGAAGGGAGCAGGUUCACAAGAUCUGCAUGAACCAUUACCUAAAAGCAGACAUGGAAUUCCGCAAGAAGGAUGAGAAGACCUUCUAUUGGGCAGCAGUUGAUUACACUGAAAAUGAAGCACAAAAGGAAACCUUUGCAAUCCGUUUUAAGACCCCAGAGAUUGCAGCUGAAUUUUAUAAGGCAGUAGAUAGUGCAAAGGUUCAGUUAGGUGGCACUCCAACAGAAUGUCCAGUGACAGUAUCAUCAAGUCCUGUAAAAUCAGAAGAAACGAAGAAAGAAAAAUCGCCAGACACACCAAGUAAGACUGAAGCAUCAGCACCAGUUUCUGUAAAGGCUGAAGCAGAUACCACAUCAGGGGAAGCUACAAGCAAGCUAAGCAGCUCUGUCUUUGGAGGAACACCCAGCAAGACACUGUUUGGAGAAACAAAAAGCACAAUAUUUGGGAGUGGCACUGAACCAUCUUUCGUCACUAAUGUGUCUGCUACCUUCACACUAAGAAGUCCUGAUCAGCAGGGAAUACUAAAUGCAGCUGGUGGGCCAUCUGUGUUUGGAGCAGCGACUACAAUGUCUACUACCCCAAGAAGCACCUUUAGCUUUGGAGACAAAUUCUCCUUAAAUCCAGAUGCUGAUGCAGACUGUGAGGUGGUCUACAUUAAGAGCAGUAAUGAGGAGCAGAAAUGCCAUGCCAAGGCAUUGAUGCUCCCUGAGAAUUUCUAUAGUUACAAAGAACAUCCAAGCUGCCCAGGCUGUGUUGGCUGUGAGGCAGAUGAUGAUGAUGAUGACAGUGAAGAUAUGGUGGAGGUAGUUUUUGAGAAGAAAGCUACACCUGAACAAGUACAGAAAGCUAGAAAACUGCAGCUUCCUGAUAAUUUCUAUUUGUAUGAAGAUGCCCCUCCUUGCCCAGGCUGCCAGGGCUGUUGUGAAGAGGAAGAAGAAACUGUGGGAAAAGUUGAGCAAACAAUACCAUCUGUAUCUACUCCAGCAAUUAGUACUUCUACAUCAUCCAUACUUGGUGGAACAAGUGCAGGGCCUUUCACAAAUGCAGUUUUUGGAAAAGGACCACCAAAGUCUCCAAGCAUUUUUGAAACCCCUAAAAUCUUUGGGGGAAGUACUGGAGGUUCUAGUCUUUUUGGGGGUGCUUCUAAUUCCCCCAGUGUAUUUGGAGGCUCCACUGCUACCAAUGCUCCCAGUGUGUUUGGAGGAUCCCCUGCUCCGAAUUCCCCCAGUCUGUUUGGUGGUUCCUCUGCUACAAAUUCUCCCAGUAUAUUUGGUGGUUCUGCUACUAGUAGUUCUACCAGUACAUUUGGAGGCUUCACAGCAACUACCACAACUGCCAGCAGUUCACCCAGUAUAUUUAGCAGCUCCAGCAUCACUAGUAGUGCCAGUAUAUUUGGAGGUACUGUUAGUGGAAGCAUAUUUGGUGGGUCUGCUGGUUCAGCUGGUGGACUCUUCGGCAAUGCCAAGACUUCAGGAUCACCAAGCAUGUUUGGUAAUGCUGUUGCAACAUCAACAGAAAAUACUACAUCAAGUAGCACAACAAAAUCAACAGAAGGGAGUUUGUUUUCCACCAUUAGCAGUGGAAACAUGCUAUCAUUUGGAGACUUGGCUUCACAAUCAAAUGAAAGUGGAUUUGGUCAGAAAAACACGGUAGCAGCAGAUGCAGUAUGGGCUGCGAAAGGACAACCUGUAUUUGGGAAGUCUCCAAAGAAGACUGGAGAUGAUGAUGAUGAUGUAGUUGAAAAUGAUCAUGAUCCCCACUUUGAACCUGUUGUACCAUUACCUGAUUUGGUGGAGGUGAAGACUGGAGAGGAGGACUUAGAAGUAAUAUUUAGUAAUCGUGGCAAGCUGUAUCGUUAUGAUAGUGGCUCCAAACAGUGGAAAGAGAGAGGCAUUGGAGACUUUAAAAUUCUGCGAGACCCAGCCACAAAUAAAUUCCGCUUACUGCAAAGGAGAGAACAGGUCCACAAAUUGUGUUGCAACCACUACCUAACAACCCAACUUCAAUUACGACCCAUGGAGACUUCAGAAACUGCCUGGUGCUGGUAUGCUAAGGAUUAUUCUGAGAGCUUAGAAGGCACAGAUGAGAAGUUAGCAAUCAGGUUUAAGACAAGUGAAAUAGCUGCAGAAUUCCAGAAGAAGUUUGAAGAAAGCCAAGAGGUCCUAAGGAAAAGUGAAGCAGAUCCUACAGGUAGCACAAACACUUCUGCUACAUUUGUCCUUCCACACCCCAGCAGUUCUCUUCAAAAAGAUGAAGAUGCAGAUGCAGAUGAUGAUGAGGAUGAAGAUGAUGAGGAUGAGGAUGAAGAUGAUGAUGACGACGAUGACGACGACGAUGAUGAUGAUGAAGAUGAUGAUGAUGAUGAAGAGGAAGAGGACGAUGAGGAUGAUGAUGAUGAGGAUGGAGAUGAUAAUGUAGUGAUUUUUACCAAGAGAUGCACCUUGUCUAAAAAAGAAAAUGGUAGUUGGACGGCACUUGGUGCUGGGGAUCUUCACAUCCAGUAUGAUGAUGACUUCUUUGGGGCGAGGAUCAUCAUGACGUCAGAGUCUGGAGAAACCCUUGCUGAACAUAUUAUAGCUAUUCAAACCACAGUGCACAAAGAGGGCAAUUCAGCUACCUGGACUGUACUUAAUUUAGAGCCACAACCUCAAGCAGUUACAACAUUCAAAGCUGAUUUUGCCAGUGUCAAAUCAUUAGAAGAAUUUGUUGCAGCUUUCCAUGAGGGCAAGGAAUAUGCAGAGAACUCGGGCAUAAUGGAACAGCCCAGUGGAGAAGUAGCCCCGGAAGAGCUGUACUAUGGUCAAGGUGCAGAUGAACAAGGCAUGAAAAAGGAAUCUAUGCCAUCAGCAUCUCAUAUGGAUUUAUUGGAUAGCAAGAAAACACUGCCAUUUAGCUUUGGGCAGGUGUUGACUUGUGAUCCCAAUUUAACUCGAGAGCUUGCUGCGGCUCUCCAGGAACACUUUCCUACUUUAAACUCGGAAUUUGAGAAAGAAUGAUGGCUGGAAGAAAAGUAGAAGUUUAAAGGACAAGAAGGGCAUAUGCAUACAAUCUGCUGAUUUGCUUCAACAAAAAGAAUCAUAUCAUAAAAAGACAACUUUGAAAAAGUUUUGAAAUUUUGAUAUACAAUAUUUCCAGAGACACUCCGUGAUUAAAGGAAAAUAUUUGUUUUAUUUUUUACAGCUGUGAUGGAUAUGUGAUCUUAACUUUGUGAAGUGUGAUGGUUUAUUUUAGCAGCCUCGCUUAAGUAAGGCAAUCCUUCCAUUCAAUAAGAGAGGAGAAAAUGUAAUUCCUUAUAGUUUAUAGAGAAAUGGGAGAGGAAAUGCAAUGGUUACCAUGUAUAUUGAAUAUGGAGAAAUAGGAGAUUUUAAGCUUGUAACUUAAGUUUUAAACUUUUGCCUGGCCAUGAUUGCUAUAAGUAUCCAGUAUAUUUUGUAUGCUUCAGUAGGUUAAGCUAUAUAGUUUUCUUAUCCUUGUGUUUUACUGUCUUACGUUGGUACAAAUGUCACAUAACCAGUGGCUUUGAGCUCGGGUAAUAUAUUUUACUGGGCUCAUCCCAAACUUGCCUUACAUCCUGAAAGUUUGUAUUUCCAUUGAGCUAUUUCCUGUUGCUCAUAGUUGCUUGUUAUGCUACAAAAAUAAUCUGUAUUCAUAAAGAGAUUAGUCCCACCACGACAUUUAUUUUUGGUUCCAUAAAAGUUUUAGAUGAUCAA